AUGGCCCUUUCCCUCUCUCAUUUACCCCGUCCCGCACGUAAGUCCACUGAUAAUGAGUAUCAAUCCCUCGCGAUCAGGAAGCGAUUCGAUUUCCUCAAGAAAAUGUCCGCCGAGUUGCGAAUGCAUCGUAUGGAGAGAAGCGAGAACGACCAAACCGCUUCGGAGGAUGAGGUCACCUUCAUCGAGGCGUCUACACGCCCGGAGACCAGCGAGGUCUCCAUGUCGCCUGAGACCCCGGUCGUCGCCAGGUUCCGCCGUCGCGAGUCCGCCCCGACGACCCGAGGCAGCAAUGAACGGAGAGACCGGGCUCGCAGCAACACGCCCAACAUCCGGCGCCCAGUCUCCCAGCACCCUUCGCGGAGAUAG